AUGGCAAGACAUCCUGAACUAUCACUUAGGAAACCAGAAGCCACUUCAAUCGCACGAGCUAUGGGUUUUAAUAAAGUUGUUUUUAGUGCUGAUCGUAUUUUUAAUUGUGAUGAAACCGGUAUCUCUUCUGUGCCUAAAUGCAAAUCAAAAAUUAUUGCUUCUAAAGGAAGGGAACAAGUAGGCACUGUGACUUCAGCAGAGCGUGGUGAAACUAAUACGGUUGAGAUAUGUAUGAGUGCAGCCGGUUCUUUUAUGCCACCACUUUUUGUUUUCCCUAGACCACGUCACAACUUGGAAUUUAUACAAAAUGCUCCACCUGGAUCAUUUGCUGAGUUUCAUAAAUCUGGAUGGAUGCAGAAAGAAUUUUUGAACGCUGAUGGACAUUCCACUCAUACCAAGAGUAUUGAAUUGAUUACAAUGGCUCGUGACAAUGGAGUUAUACUUUUAUGUUUCCCACCUCGUUGUACUCAUAAACUAAAACCACUAAAUGUAGGCUUUAUGAAACCUUUAAGUACAUAUUAUGACAAAGAAAAUACUAAUUGGCUUUGCACAAAUGGAGGUAAUUUUAUAACAGUUAAACAAGUUGCAGACAUUUUUGGAUUAGCCUAUAUUGAUAACUUACAACUUCUUGAAGGCACUUCCAAUGAAAUAUCAUGUUUAUCUGCAAAUCCUUUUAUAUUAGUCCAUAAAACAGAAAAUUCACUAUCACAUCGUUUUUUUUCAAAAGUAUCUAUAACGGCUCUAAUAAUACCAACAGCUUUCCCCAAUGUUGCAGUCUUUUGUUGUAACUUAUUACUGAGUAUAUUAACAUUGCACAAUACUUCAUGA